AUGCCAGUGACGCCAGUGACCAAUCGUGAAAUAACACCGACCAGCGGUUCCCUGACCAUGGCCGCUGACUACUUGAACGGGCAACAACCCACCUUGGACAAGAUCCGGACAGGUCUUGCCCUCUUCGCCGUCCUAAUCAUUGUCCGUUUCUCGUUGCAGCGUCUAUAUGCUCUGAUACGAAGGAGUAGAUUGCCAUCAUCACCAUCUGAAAUCCAAGGCGCCUCGCAAGCCUCGGUUCACUUACAAGACCCCCGUCGCCCAGCCUGGCUAUUCGAUGAGAAGUCUCCCAGCGCGAGGUUUAUCAACAACAUGAAGGACAAGGACGCUGUAACCAGAGACGGCGAUGGCAUGGCUGCAAAGGCCAAGCUCACCAUUGAUCCAAACUGGAGUUCAGGCGCUGAGGCAGUUCCCAGACAGUUCAUCUCUCGGCUCCCGCCUGCGCCACCACUAACACCGCCUGAGCUGAGCUCGGCCGUGUUCAACAUUGCACCAGGCCAGCCUCACGCUGUCGACAGUUUCAUGCACCAGCCGAACCCAGACUACAUGAGCUCGACUACGUCGGUCAUAUCACAGCCUGAUUCAAAUUUGCCAUCUACGCCUCGACGGAGAUCCUACCAGAGGACCCUGCCCAUUGGAAUUCCCACUCCUCAACAGUCCUUCAAGGCUGACGUGGAUUCCUUCUCGCCCAGCUCGUAUCCGCCCACGAGCCCGCUUUUGCCACCGCCGCCUCCUGGCGCAGCCGAGGUUUUUGGCGAUGGCCAAGGUCACCGAGAAGUGAACAUCCAAGGCGAGAUCAUUUCGGCCUUGGACAAUGAAGGCGCGGGUUGGACUCGCCAUACACGCGUUUAUGGCGGUGGUGUGUGCCUGGCAUGUGCGGCUGCGGGAGGUGAGCACGGUGGUGGUUUCUACGGCGCAACGGUGACACCAGAGGAAAUGCGACAGGAUGCUUACUCGAGAAGAGGCGGCGGCGUCUUUGUACAGUCUUGA